AUUUCUUAUCAGUCUCAGCGCAUCAUGGCUUUCAAAGAGAUGGCUCUUGUUCUCUUUGCUCUCCUUUUCCUACCUUUAAUGGCUUCCCAGCCUCAGUCCAGCUCUAUCGAGCCCUGCAAAGUGCUUGUAAUCAGAACAAAGUUAGAGUAUUACAACGUAACCAAGAAUAUCACUUACUGCUGCACUAACUGGUGCAAUAACUACUGCAUAGGAACUGAAGUUGUAACGUUAAACAGAACAGUCUAUUUUCAAGACUUUGAUUGCUGCCCUGGUUAUGGAGGGCCACAAUGUCUACCUGUUUGCUCCAGCCCUUGUCAAGGACCAAACAAAGCUUGUUUAAGACCUGAUAUAUGUGGCUGCAUAUCAGGAUGGACUGGCAAUAACUGCCAGAAAGUUAAUGGGCUGCAUCAUGUCUCAAUCAGUGAUGCAUCAGUUCAACUAGGAUGGAGUUUGCCCUCAAAUAACAAUUCUAACGGAUAUAUCGCACUCUGUUCCAACUCAUCUCAUUCUCUCAAUGAGUCCAUUGAUCCUGGAGGGAAUAAGACCACUAUCAGUGGCCUCAUUCCAUAUUCUGUUUACAAGUGCUGUGUUGUCUCGUUGCUAAAACAAGGGAAUGGAACAGAGUCAUGCAUAUCGGUGGAAACACAACAAAAAGCUCCAUCGUCUCCAAUUAAUCUCAGAGCUGAGACAAUUUCUAAUACAACACUCCUCAUACAGUGGGACCAACCAGUAGCACCCAAUGGGAUCAUAAGGAACUACACCCUCAUCAUUAAUUAUGGUGGAUCCACGAUUGAUCGAAUAUCUGUUGAUGGACAGUUGAGGAUGUAUCUCUUGAAUGGGCUGAGCAUCUAUCAAAGUGUACAGAUAAGUAUUGCUGCUAGGACUGAUGCUGGAAUGGGUCCAGCAGCUAAUUAUAUCACUGCUAACGUACAGCAGACUAUGGCUUCUCCUACUCCGCUCUCACUAGAGAAGAGUACAAAUUUGCUGUCUGUUACUAAUCACCAAACCACAUCCCACCUCGUCUGGACUCCGCCCUCAAAUACCAUAUACGCUGUAAAGUAUUAUCACUUAACCCUCCACACCGUUCAACUAUCAAGACUAAUAAACAAAUGGACACUCCGCCCAAAUCAAGUCUUUAAUAUCAUAUUGACAUUAAACCCAUAUGUGCCAUACAGAUUGGAUGCUUUGCUAAUGACUGAUGGAAGAAGUACAGGAAUGAUUUCUAGUGAUGUAUUCUUCACAAAGGAAGGAGCCCCUACUGCUUAUCCAAGCAUAUCCAGUGCUGUGCGAGCAGAACCAAAUGAAGGAAGGCUCUCCUGGUUACCACUUGACCUCUGGGACAGUCAAGGAGUCGUAAAGAACUACACAAUUUCUUAUGCUCAAUCGUCUUCUAAUGAAACGUGUGGAAAUACUGUCAAUACAAAGACUGUUGUGAUAGUGAGCAGUUCCGAGACCCAGGGACUCUCUCACUCACUUAAUAGUCUUAAUGUACAGAGUCCUUACUGCAUUAAAAUACAAGCAAGUACUAGCUCUGGUCCUGGGCCUUUUUCUCCUAGUGUAUUACUACCAACAUAUGCUAGUACUAAAAUCUGUGUACUGUUGAGUGGUGUCUACAACUGCAGCAAAUGGAUCUUAGAGGAUCUCAAUGAGAAGAUCAGUAAUGCAAGCGUGGCUGUAGUUAACUCUCUCAACCAAGCUUGUUCCUGUUCCAUCACUACAAGUCAUCUUGUCCAAUCAUCUCUUACAUGCAACUCAAGAAGAAUUGACGGCAGUGCAUUAUUCUGUACUACUGUCAUUGGAACUAGUAAAACCAGCAGUCAAAGAUUGAGGGACCUUUUAAUAGAAAGACUACCGAGAAAUUCUCUUUUAUUAUCUGGACUGAAUCUCAAUGUUAGUAAUGUAUGUGAAACUGAGGACUGUCCACCAUUGGGUACUACGGGACAGAAUGGGGAGAAUGAUGAGGACUUCUUUAAAGUAUUCUCAGUCAUUCUAUCUAUAGUGCUUGGGCUGUUUCUUCUGCUGGAGAUCUUCACUUGUGUACUCCUCGCCAACUAUUGUAAUAAGUAUCACAGCAAGAAGUCAAAUCAGCCUCAGCCACCAUUAUACCUUUGCUCUUCCUCAACAGCGAGUGAAGUUACCAGUAGCUCCGACGAGAAGAUGUCAAUAUCUACAAUUGGUAAAUACUCCAGCAACUUCAGUAGCGGCACUACAGUAUAAAGGACCACUUCAAAUACACACAUAUAUACAGCAAUGACUGUCAUUAUUAUAUUAUAUCUCUUCAUCUAUAUCUCUUCAUUGUAAUAAAUAUUGUAUUUUUAAAGAUUUUAUUUAGUCAACAUUGAUUUUUAUAAUAAUUAUAAAUAAAUAAUAUUUUUAUCUCUCAAAAAUUGAUAUUUUUAUUAUAAUAAAAAUUUACAAUAAUUGCCAUCAUCAUUUUUAUCGAGAGACGUCUCUACAAUACAAUGAAGCCAUUCUAAAACGAAUAGCGAAAGAUAAAUAAAUAAAAGUAGAUAAACACAGAGGAUAGAGCAAAUAUUUCCUUCUGCUAAACAAUCGCUGGAACAUAAUAAUAAUUAUUAAACACUAAAAAGAUCAGUCCUGCUGGAUUAGAGA